AAUCAAGCGAUUAUGUUGAUGACAGAAGGGAUUGACUAUGAUUAUAUCAAAGAAAUAUUCGUGGAACGAAAUUGGAAAAAAGAUUAUCCAGUGAGGAUCUUUACUUAUCAGAUUGGACAUGACAUCAACGAUGCCAAAGAAUUGGAAUGGAUAGCUUGCACCAAUAUGGGUUACUGGGCAAAUAUGACAUACAUGGGAGACAUCAGAGAAAAAAUGCUGAACUACUUAAAUGUUAUGUCACGCCCUAUCAAUCUAACAGGAAAAAAGUCCAAAAAGUACAUUUGGAGUUACCUCCACGUGGAUUUGGCAGAUAGAAGACUUUCUAACUGGCUGUGGAAGAAAUUUGAAGGUAUUCGCCAGCGAGAAGUAUUUCUCGAUCACGUCAAGCGAGAUUUCUGGAGGCAGCAUAAAGUGUUGACCUCCAAAGACUAUAUGUUACUGAAGGAGACUCAUGACUAUAUGAAAUACCAAAACGAGACUAUGGAUUAUAAAUAUAUGACAACGGUGUCCUUACCUGUUUAUGGCAGACGAGAGAACGAGUAUGAGCUUGUCGGGGUAGCCGGAGUUGACGUUCCACUUCAUCUUUUCAAAGCAUUGAUUCCGUUCGAGCGGCUGGGUGUGAAUGGAUAUGCUUUCAUCGUCACAAAUAAUGGAUAUGUUUUGUUCCAUCCAGACCACCGAGCAGAGUUCCAGAACAUUCUCAAACCAACCUUCAACAGGGUGGACAUAUUGGAGGUAGAAAUAUUGAAUGAUCAAAAUGAACCACGGAUAUUUGGAGAUUCUAUAGUGAAGUUCAGAGAAAAGCUUGUCAACCAGAAUGAAAGUGCUACUGUAACAUUUGACGUGAAAUAUCCUCUCCACGACAAUAGACGCGUCAUGUUAGCAAAAAGGCAUUAUUAUUUUUCUCCGAUUGGUCCUUUCACUCUGGGGGUGGUUCUUCCAGACAAAUAUGGAUUCGACAUCGUCAUUAAGUCAAAACUCGAAUAUCCUCCAGUGGAGUCAACUUCAUAUCUACUUACAUCGUCUUUAUGGAAAGCACAUCCAGAUUGGGUAUACUGCAAACGGUGUAGAGGUUCUACUCCUGAAGAUAAAAUAAGAGACGCUUUCAGCAGUAACGAGAAAUCAGAACUCCUGAAAUCUUUAUACUACGAUAUGGAAGUAACAAAAUGGUUUGACGACUAUGGAGGAAUUGACAAAAGAGAAGAUGACAAAUACAUCUUGGAUUAUCAAGUACACAAAGUGUUCUUGGCCACCUAUUCAGGCUUGACGAGGUGGAGGAAUUUCGUAGAUAAAGACCACAUCCAAGAAACCGAUAAAGACAGCUUUGCUAAGAUGAACAACAGAGCCAUCGAUGAGGAUUGGUAUAGAAGGGCUGUGGAACUGAAUUUUGAGAAUGAAGAUAUAUUCAUUUACUCUGUGCCGUUCGAAACUUCUGGAUAUGAAAACAAUACGAUGAUUUCCAGCACGAAAGCAAUUUUUGCUUCAAAAGGAAAAUUGAAGACUCCAGUGGCAGUUGUUGGUUUGCAGUUCAAUCAUAGAGAAAUGUAUGAAAUAUACAAUGAGAUAACUACAAAGUGUGGAAGUGAUGAAAAAUGCAGGAUAACAUGCAAGCAGGAGGAGUUAGACUGUUACAUACUGGAUAACAAUGCCUACAUUGUUCUCAGCGACGAACCAGAGUACAUAGGUCGAUAUCUAGGAGACAUAAGACCAGACAUCAUGAAUGAUUUGAUAGAAGAUGGCGUCUACAUCACUACAAGAAUGUUUGAUUAUCAAGCUAUCUGUCAAAAAGAACCUCCCGAGCCUUUGCCCGAAGAGGAAAGAGUACUGAAGAGAAAGCAAAAAGCAGCUGAAAAUUUGGCUGCUGCAAAAAAAGCAGCGAAAGAGGCAGCCGCUAGAAGCGCUGCUACAUCCAAACCCACUACAGCUUCCACUGUGUUUAUCGUACUGGACCAUUUUGCCUCUGUGAAAAAUUGGUUGGUGAACUUGGUUUUGUUUUUCAUAAAUUUGGUAGUAUCUGAUGAUACCAGAUAUAUAAGUAACAAACCAGACAUGAUAGCUUUCAAUAAACUAGAGAUUGUGAAAACAGUACCGACCCCAUGCGACCAGGAAAGAUAUCUGUUCAACGUGAAUAAACACCAGAAGUUUCCUACGAGUCCCUUCAGGACAGGCAUCAAGUUUGUAUGUAGUUGGCCAUAUGUCAUUGAUAAAAUACCCAAUACCAAUCUGUUAUUCUUGGCUACAAACAGCGAUGAGGCAGAUGCUUGCAAAGAUAGAUCCAGCAAAGCAAAAUAUUUCACUGAGCCUAGAGAAAUCACAUACCAAACCCCCACAUUUGCCAAUAUUUCCUUCCCAUGCUAUAUUGCAACUAAGAAUAACUAUACGAGGAGAAUGUAUAUGGACUGCUACAAGAGAAAUCAUAAGGAAGAUCAUCUGAAUCAGCAGAGCAGAUUCUACUGUGGUCAUACUUGGUACUGAUUCCACUGAAAUAAGGCAUACAACCUUAAUAUUUUUGCUCAGAAAUCAUGAGAAGUUUGGAAAGAGAAUGAAACUAUUUCAGAAAAUCGACUACACAUAGAUUCUUGACUAUUUUGAGCUAAUUUUUUUCACGUUGCUGGAUAUAAAAAUUAGAAAUCAAACAUUUUGUUGAAGAAUUAUCCGACUAACAGGUUUCAUUGAUUUCAAUAAAAUAUUCA